CCCUCAGGCGCCAUUCAGUUCCACAAGUACACUCCAAUAAGUAAUCAUUUUUUCAAUUGACAACUUUCAUCUGCUUAUUUCUUAAAACUGUUUUUGUGGAAAGGGCUCACUACGGUCCGAGUAAAUCGUCAUGACUGCUGUGAAAUUAUCUAUUCUUGCGCUCUUUAUGGUAGCAUCUGCUGCUGCCUACGUCACGAGCAGCGAUUGCGACUUUUCUGACAUUGACCUGGACGGUGCGGUGGAACGAAUUCUCGCCACACUUCCGAAAAAUGUCACCGUUAAAGGAGAUGAAUUUCAGCCCGUCUUCCAAGGUCUCGAAGUGGGUGGAGUAGUCGCGGCUGGUAUGAACCAGAUCAAGCGGUACGGUGCCUUGAAGCCCUUCUGCGUGGACAAGCAGCGCUUCCUGGAGGUGGAAUUCAUCGACAACGCCGAUGUAGCGUUUUACUUUCCCUGGCGCACAUGUUCCGGCAACGAGGGGAAAGUUAUGAUGCACGCUGAGUUCUCGCGAUUCACCGUCAUCUUUCGCGUAGAAGGAGGGGGCUUCGCUGGCAACUCCGUUCUCCGCUACGAAGGCCCUACGGUUCCUGUGAACACGCACAAUGUUCACGUUAUCAUCGAAGGUGCCGGAUCAGUAGGCAGAAUUUUUAGCGGAGUGCUCAGCCGGGUUCUGUCCUCGUUUGCGAAUGAAUUUUGGAAUGACGAGUUCUUUGGCCUGUUUAGAGCUUUUGUUCAGAAAGCACUCGAAUGAAUGUUAGCCACAGUUUCUGCCACGCACAGCACAGACAGUUUAGCUAUCGUAGUGUAAGAGUCGGAGAGGCUUCAGUUCAGUCCGCAGUGUUUCUGGAUAGUACACUGCGAUGGCUUUGCAGCAUGUGACGGUUACCUGUUCUAAAUAAACAGUUGGUGAAACUUA